AGAAACUGUGAUGAACAUCGAUUCCUCGUCAUUCCCUGCAAGAACGUUUUGAACUCCAUAUGUCUCUGAACUUGGUCUUAUCGAUACUCCAGACAACCAAGUCGAUUCUUCAUAUAAUAUACAUCGUUCUGCUCUUUAAGUUUUUUUUCCUUCUUUCUCUACACUUGACGUGACUACUUAUUUCGCAGCUAAUUUUUACUUUCCUUUCUUUACCAACUGGCUUGGCUGCUUUACAUUCUUUAUUGUAGUUAUAUCUAGUUUUACUUGCUCCAUAUAACUCUUUUAUAAUCUCGACUUUUUGACAAAGAUUACAUUCUACUACAACAACAUUAUAAAAACAUCCUCAAUUUUUCGAUUACCAAUCAACCAUCUCUUACAAAAUAUACUCUUCGGCUUUUCAGCAUAACAGUUUCCAAUUGAAACACAAAUCAACAGCUAUCAUGUCUUCGAACCAAAUGAACACCCAAGUGGCAUCAUCUACAUACGUUCCAGUCGACGUGACCCAACGACACGAAUAUGGCAUCCAGAAGAAUCGUAAAAUAGCUUCUACUGGUGGUGGCAGAGCAUGGAGCGAGGAUGAGGUACGAAUAGAAUUAAACAUGUCAUAAAGAAACUUACUAACCAAGUUCUCUAUAGGAGGUUUAUCUCUUGCAAACUCGCCUUCAGAAAAUGCCUUAUAAGCACAUAGCUUCGCAUUUGAAAAAGACUGAAUUGGCUUGCCGUCUUCACUACCAUCAAUUGUCCCAUGGAAGCAAUCGCCGCAAGCGCACUAACUCGAUGAACUCUUCCGACAGCUCUGCAUCGGAAUCUUCGGUCCUCCCUCUUCGGCUACCAUCCCCAAUCAACGAAACUAAACAUCUCCCAGCGACACCACCUACCUACAACUACUCACCCCAAUCACCUCAUCAUGUUCAGCUCCCAUCGGCAUCUUCACUCCUAUCUCGCUCAGCUUCUAACAGUCCUUCUCGAACUUUUGGCCACCCAAUUGCUAUUCUACCCAAGCCAUGUCCUUCUCGAUGUGCAAUUACUGAUUCCGCCGCUAAUCAAACCCUCCGCCUCGACUGUAUCAUGACGUCAACGCCAGUCACCGUUGCCAGUGUUGACAAGGAGCGUCUCCGUCGUGUUUACGAAGCUCAUCGAAACUCCUUCUGGAACGUUAUCGCAUCUGAGUAUGGUGGAGGUGUAUCCCCUCUGUUGUUAGAGGAAACCUGGAAGCAAGAUGUUGCAUCCAAGGAGCCACCAACCCCAUGUGUAUCUCCGGAUAUGUCAAAUAUCAACCCAGCAAGUUAUCACUACAACACGCAAGCUCCUCCACGAUUGCCAUCGCCCGCUCAGGAAGCCAAGAACAACGCUACCAGUAUUUCAGCACUUCUCGGUAUCGAUGCUAGUCCUCGCAGCCCUAAAGAGAGAGAAAUGAUCAAGAGAUUGGAAGAAAGCAGGGAGAUGUCUUGAAUGACUUUUCUUUUCAUUUUCGCUCAUAGCUAUUCGCGAUUUCCGCAUCUAGUGAUUCACAAGAAAUGGUACUUUUAUUGGCAAGAAUACAUGAACUGAUGAUGGAAAGGGUGGGGGAAGGGAGUUUAUGGAUGAAAAUUUGAGCAUUUGCGCGAUGAUCUAUCCUUCUCGGCGCAACAAAUGGGACAUUCAAAUCUAUCUGUCUAUCAAUAUUUUCCAGCAGGGUACUCAUACCCAUACAAUAGCAAGCUUUGAUCGCAAUAGAUACCAAAGGUGGAAA